ACCCAGUCAGAUGGAGGUAGUCGAGCCGGUGUGUUUGCCAAGGUUGCCACGGGUCGUCCUGUGUGGCGGUACCCAUGGCAACGAGCUGUCUGGAGUGUACUUGAUUAGAGAUCUGCUGAAGGAGGUGCAGCAGAAAGAAAUGGAAGACGACGGACUUAUGUCAGUCCUGAUGGUGCUGUCCAACCCUUGGGCCAUACAGCAGUGCCGCAGAUACGUAGACACAGAUCUGAACCGCUGCUUUUCCCAUGCUACCCUCAGUGGUCCCGUGUCAGACACAGCUCCCUAUGAGAUCAUCUGGGCCCGAGAGCUGAAUGCCAUGCUGGGUCCAAAAGGCAGUCCAGGGGCAGUGGAUCUUGUUUGUGAUCUCCACAACACCACCGCCAACAUGGGCCUGUGUUUCAUUGCAUAUUCUGACAACGACUGGAUCUGUCUUCACAUAUUCAAACACCUGCAGAGGCAGAUGCCAGAAAUGCCAAUGAGAUUCAUCCAUUUUGAUGUUUCUAAGAAAGAAUCUUAUUCUCUUGAUUCAGUUGGAAAACAUGGCUUUGCUUUGGAGAUUGGUCCCCAGCCACACGGUGUGGUGAGAUCAAACAUCUACACAGCAAUGAAAGUAGGCGUGCAGCACAUUCUGGAUUGGAUCCGCCACUUUAACUCGGGCGCUGUGUCUGAAGGAGGAUAUGUUGAUGUGUUUACCAUGGUUAAAAACAUUGACUACCCGAGAGACAGCCAGACUCACAACAUUACAGCUGCCAUUCAUCCUCACCUCCAGGACCGAGACUUUUGCCUGCUCCACCCCGAAGACCCCCUAUUCCGGACAUUCUCAGGGGAAGACCUGACAUAUAAGGGCAACGAACCUCUUUAUCCUUUCUUCAUCAAUGAAUGUUCUUACUACGAGAAGGGCAUCGCGCUCUCCCUGGCCAGAAAGAAGCGAGUGAUGAUUCCUCCAAUCCGGGCGCGAACGGAGGAGAAACAGGCGAGCGAACGGCCUUGUGCAUCAGAAGAGGAUUGACGAUGUUCCUCACAUGAGACGAGUGCAAAAUAAGUUUUGGUUUUUUAACAAAAGCUUUUAUUGCAUACAUCUUCAAAUGUACACAUCAGCAACACGUUCACUGUAAAGUCACAAAACGUUACAAUGCGUUC